UUGCGCCAAUCAGCAGCAGGAGCGUCUGUCAGCCUUGCAGCCGAGCUAGAUUUUUUUCUUCUUUGGUGGCUCGAACUGCUCUACGCUCUACGUUACGCGCUUUACGAGACAGCCCGUCGACAACUGCUACAAGACGUCGAGGCCGAUAGCUCCUCCUUGACAUCCCACAGCCGCCAGGUGUGCUAGGCCGACUCGUCCCCGAGCUGUCGCGGUGGCGCUUCUUCUGCGCCGCCUGAAACUGGGGCGCAUCGCCGCCCCGAGCCCGACCACGAGGAGGACGAUAGCCACCACGCGCGCCGUCAUGUCUGGGCUCGAGACGGCCGCACCUGGGCCGGCGACCCCGCGGCCCAAGAAGCUGCACGGGAGGGCAUUCUAUGAGAGCAUCGGGAGCCCCAAGUACAUUGUUGCGCCCAUGGUGGACCAGUCCGAAUUUGCCUGGCGCAUGCUCACGCGAUCCUUCAUGCCUAAAUCCGAGCAGUCGAACCUCCUCGCCUACACGCCCAUGCUGCACGCCCGGCUCUUCGGCGAGACCCAGGCCUACCGGGACUCGCACUUCCAGGCGACGCGCCCCGGCGCCGACGCGGAGCCGCCGACGCCGUGGCUGGACGGGAACCCGGCCAUCGACCGGCCCCUCUUCGUGCAGUUCUGCGCAAACGAGCCGGCGGCGCUGCUCGACGCGGCCAGGCGCGUGGCGCCCCACUGCGACGCCGUCGACCUCAACCUCGGCUGCCCCCAGGGCAUCGCCAAGAAGGGCCGGUACGGCGCCUUCCUGCAGGAGGACCAGGCGCUGAUCCACCGCCUCAUCCGGACGCUGCACGAGGAGCUGCCCGUGCCCGUGACGGCCAAGAUCCGCAUCCUCGACACGCCCGAGGCCACGCUCGCGUACGCGCGCAACGUGCUCGACGCCGGCGCUAGCAUCCUCACCGUCCACGGCCGCCGCCGCGAGCAAAAGGGCCACCUGACGGGGGUCGCCGACUGGGCCGCCAUCCGCCGCCUGCGCGACGAGCUGCCGCCCGACACGGUGCUGUUUGCCAACGGCAACGUGCUGCAGCGCGGCGACGUCGAGGCCUGCCUGGCCGCCACGGGCGCCGACGGCGUCAUGUCGGCCGAGGGCAACCUCAGCGACCCGUCCAUCUUUGCGGCCGAGCCGUCCGAGGGGGAGGAGGCCGGCGAGAUGUUCACCCGGGGUGAGUACUGGCGCGGCGUCGGCGGCGGCGUCGGCGGGUUCCGUGUCGACGCCGUCCUGCGCCGCUACCUCGACAUCCUGCACCGCUACGUCGAGGGCGAGGAGCCGCCAAGCCGGAGGCCGCUGUUUGUGCCGGGCGACGAUGAGGCCUGGCUCGCGCAGCCGCCACCUGACCCCACGGCCGCGACGGAAACAACAAUAACAACAAUAACAACAACAACAGCAUCAACUACGGCGAAGAAUGGGGAUCAAAAUGGCGAGGCUGGCGAGGCUGGCGAGGGGGAAGAGGAAGAGGAGGGCCCGGCGCGCAAGAAGCGCAAGCGGAACAAGGCCAACAAUGACAAAAAGGGCGGCGGGGCCGACCCCGAGGCCAUCGGCAAGAAGGACAAGGUACCCUCGCCCAACUACAUCGCCGUCAAGGGCCACCUCUUCCACCUGCUGCGGCACUUCGUCUCGCGGCACACCGACGUGCGCGACCUCCUGGCCCGCGCCCGCCUGGGGCCGGGCUACCUCCCCUACCUCGAGCGCGUGCUCGACAUGGUCGAGCGCCGCGUGGCCGGGGGCCUGCUCGAGUACGAGCGCACGGGCGGCCGCAGCUUCGAGGACGAGCCGCUGCCGGCCGUCAAGGUCAAGCAGCUGCCAAAGGAGCUGACGGUGCAGGCGACUGAGACGGAGGACGAGGGAGACGAAGCGGCGGCGGCGGCGGCGGCCGAGGCGGCCCCUGGGGUGGCUGCGACGGAAGCCAAGGUGGCCGAGCUGGAGAAACAGACCGACUAUCCGACAAACGACUUGGUUUCUGGAUAGGACUGCAUGGCUACCUACAAUUCUCUAGAUGCAAUGAACAUAUAUAUAUAAAAAAAACCGCAAAGAUCUUCUCAAGUCACAUUUGCAAAAUAAGUAUUCCGAGGGUCGGAGAUGGGGA